GUGCAGGUACUUGUUGAUAAACUGAGCCAAAUAUAUAAAAGGACACAAGCUGGUAUUAAGCUGAAAUCGCUAACAUGCUCAUUCAGGUUUCAAUUUUCGUGUUGUGCUCGGUAGCUGUGCUUGAGGGGGUGGUUUCGGCAGAACUCGACCCAAGGGCGGCGGAUUUAACUGCCUUCAGAAAACAAUCUUUGGACCGUCAUAACCACUACCGAAAACUCCAUGGUUGUCCACCCUUGGUACUAAAUGACACGCUUUCGGCUUACGCGCAGGAAUGGGCCCAAGAAAUAUCGCUGAUGCCGAAGCCCAAACAUCGUCCGGCCCCCAAGUACGGAGAAAACUUGAGCUACGCGUCGUCGUCCAAGGCGGGCUACGCCGAAAACGGGGAGAAAUCCGUUGACCGUUGGUACAAGGAGAUAAGCAAGUACACGUUCGGCGAAGAGCCGACCAAGUCCGGAACCGGACAUUUCACGCAGGUCAUUUGGAAAAGUUCGAAGCAGCUCGGCGUCGGUACGGUGGCAAAGGAUGGAAAAGUAUGGGUCGUUGCCAAUUACGAUCCUCGAGGAAAUUUCAAGGGAAAGUAUCGGGAAAAUGUUCCACCACUCUUGUAGGGAGUCACCGAUGAUUAUGUUUCUAAGUGGGGUUGGUUUAUAAUAAUCACAACCUUGUAAAUGUGUAUUUACACAACAUUCAAUCUUUAUCUUUGUUCUUUAUCUUCAAAUUAUAGAUAUAUAGGAGAAAUAAGUGUUUUUCUUUGUAUAAAC